GUAAUAACGGCCCUCCCCCCUCUUCCCAGCGAAGGAGGUGACCUAGCGAAUAAAUAAGUGGUGUACUGCAAAUUUGGGUAUUAAGUUGUUUAAAUGUAGCCUACUUACAAAAAUAAAUGGCCAACAUCAAACUAUAAUCAGUCCAAUGAGCAGUACAGAACCCUGAUUGUAAUUUAUAUAAUGUUUUAUUUCUCUAGGACACCUGUAAGUUACUUAGCAACAAACACAUACGUUUCCGUCCAGGUGGUUUUAAGAUAUGAGUUUCCCAGUAUCAGCCACAGAAGAAGCGGCCGCUCACUCUGUUCAUGUAAACGACAGUGAAGGAUAUGAUUUUUGACGCUGUUUCAACAACGAAAACGAUGGCGCAGCCGGCGGAAAAAGCAUACUAUCGCUUUGUGGUGCUCUUCUUUAACUGUCUGCUGACCUUUGGGUCCUACUUUUGCUUCGACAUUCCCAGUGUGUUACAGGAUCAGUUCCAAGGGAACCUGACGUGUCCCAAUGCAACGGUGAUCAAUGGGACAGUGGACUGUGUGGAGGGACUGGGGAUGACCCCUCAGCAGUACAAUCUUCUCUAUGCCAUCUAUGCUUGGACGAAUGCAGUAGUGGUGAUCCUGGCUGGAUUCCUGAUUGACAAAUUAGGAAAUCGCUUCGGUGUGUUUCUCUUCUCUUUUCACUGUGUUUUGGGCUCAUCGCUGUUUGCUCUCGGCUCCCACUUCAAGGGAUCUCCCUACUUGCUGCCGCUAAUGCUCACCGGCCGUCUGCUGUUUGGAUCAGGCAAUGGAUCUCUGACUAUUGUUCAGAAUCGCAUCACAACCUUCUGGUUCAAAGGGAAGGAGUUGGCUUUGGCUUUCAGCCUGACCGUGGCCUUCUCGCGGCUGGGCUCGGUGUUGAACUUCUUCCUCACGCAGAAGUUUGAAGAAAAAUAUGGCAUGCAGUGGACACUCUGGGGUGGCGCACUGUUGUGUGUGCUGGGCUUCACUUCUGCUGUCAUUGUCAGCACCUUGGACAAGAUUGAAGUGAGACAGCUGGGUCUCGAUGGAGCCAUCCAAGAAGAGUCUCGCAAAGUGAGGAUUCAGGAUGUGAAGCUCCUGUCAGUAACAUACUGGCUGCUGGUUCUCACCAUCAUGUUCUUCUACAACGGCAUCUUCCCCUUCAUUGCUGAUGCAAGCAAGUUCAUCCAGGAUAAGUACAGCUACUACAGCCAGGAGGAGGCAGCUUAUAUUGUGGGAGCAGUCUAUGACAGCUUAGUGGUCCUCUCAGCCAUCGUGGGCAUUCUCAUUGAUUAUGUGGGUCUGCGGGGAGUUUUUGCAUUGGCGAGCGCCGUCUUCACGCUGCCCGUGUUUGGACUCCUGGCUUUCACUUUUGUCCCUCCUCUGGUUUCAACCAUAUGGCUGGGAGUCACCUACUCCUUUGCUGCUGCCAGCAUGUGGCUGUCUAUUCCCCUUGUCGUACCUCAGGCAACUCUGGGAACUGCCACCGGCCUGGCCACCUCCGUACAGAUGUUUGGGGUCGGGAUCUCCAAUCUCAUUGUUGGACAGAUACUAGGCACCAAGUCCAGUGAAACUAAGAUCCCGCUGUGGCGUUGGCAGAGGAUGAUGAUCUUCAUGUUGGCCAACACCAUCAGCUGCAUUGUGACCUCAGUGCUGCUUAACGUUGUUGAUCACAGACAGGACGGGAUCCUCAACAAGACAACCAAGAAGUCAGGGCAGGCACAAGAAGGCUCCAAGAACUCGGGCGCAGAGAAACUUGAACUGAAAGCCGCUCACCCAGGCAGAGGAGAGGAAGAGCCAAAUGAACAGAAAGGAAAAAGUGCACACUUUCUUUAGUAAAGUAGAAGUACAGAUACCUGGGUUAAAAUAAAAUACUCAAUUAAAAGUUGAACUACUGAAGCAAAUUUUUUACCUAAGCAAGAGAGAAAAAGUACAGGCUCUGAAAUGUACUCAAAGUAGACAAGUAAAAAGUUCUUGAAGGACAAUUCUACUGAAUUGUCCUUCAAGAACUGUUAAAAUGACAAUCAAUCUAAUUGAAACAGCUGCAUGUUAUGGAUGUGGCCUCAAAGAUUUGUAGUUUAGAUUUAAAAGCACUUAAUGUAAUGAACUCAGUCAUUUUCCAUUCGUUCUGCAGUUUGUUCCAAGCUAAGGGUGCGAAAUGAACAAAAGCUCUCUUACCAAAUUCAGUUUGGGCAAAUAUACCAUUUAUACUGUCUUUACACUAGACAGUAUAAUGUUGGAAUUCAGUGAAUGAAUCUAAGCAUCACUACUCUAAAGGGACUGAGUAAGGUGCUGCUGAAAUGGUUGUCAGCAGUAUUUCUCAUGUCAGAGUUAACAGAACUACCAUUAAAGUCAACCUCAGGUCCUUGGUCGCCUCCCUGACUGAGAUACUUCUUGCAAGAAAAGCAUGUGAAGAGUCCUGCCAAAUCAAAAGGUCUUCUACUUCAAUGUUCUUUAAGUCAAAGUGUUCCUGAAUGCUUCUGAAGUCAUUUUGUAAGCGUGGAUUUUCUUUGAUGUCAUGUUUUUCGUCUUCACAUGCAGUGAAUGAGUAACUACCAUCUACUUAGGUAUGUGUCUGCUUGUUUGUUUGUUUUUAAGCAGUAUUUAACUCAUUACCACAGGCUGAUUUCACUCAGGUUAUUAAAUGACAGAUUUUCAUUUAUUUGACUUUAUCUACAGGACAUAAGUAGAUAAUUCAAUUUUAAAACACAUUUUAUCUCUGCUAAAAUAGCUAUAAUGACUACUGCCAUGAAUAACUGUGUGGACAUUACUGCUGUUACUAAAUCAUGUUAUAUAUAUUAUACUGUUGCGUAAACGUGACUAUCCAGAGUUAGGACUAGGAAUAAGUGUUGCAGACUUACCUGCCUCUCUGCAGCUUCUUUCCCCCUGUUAAAUUUACACAUAAAAUCUACAAUCUUAAGUCCACCUUGUUAAUCAACCAAAGACCCAGACAGAGUCUUAAUUCAUUUGAAAGCCUGAUGCUUAGCCUUUUCCACCCCAGCUGGAACACGCAAAACCCUUUUUUAUUUUUUGUUAUCUAUCAUCCACCUGGGACUUACUUAAGAGUUUGUUCCAUAUUUCUCAGACUUUUUAUCUGAUUUAGUGCUUUAUGUUGUGAAAAACUGAAAUCUGGAAAUUAGAAUUGUUGUGCCUUAUUUUGGUGAUGUUUUCACAUAUAUUCCUUUUGAAAAUACUAAAAUUUGUAUAUUUAUUUAGUUUUGUUUGUCUGAUUUACAAAAUAAAUCGGACAUUUCAAACAGUUACUCGCUACUUGAGUAGUCUUUUCGCCAAGUACUUUUUGACUCUUACUUGAGUAACUUUUUUGACGACUACUUUUCACUUUUACUUAAAUAAUAAUAUUUUAAAGUAAUGCUACUCUUACUUGAGUACAGUUUUUGGAUACUCGACCCACCUCUGCCUACAAGACUGCUCGAAGAAGUCCUGCCAUUAAUUCAUGCUUCAAUCUUAAAUAUGAUUGACCUAUCUCUAAUAAUCGGCUAUGUACCACAGGUGGCAGUAGUUUAAACCAUUAAACUUAAAAAAACAUCUUUUGACCCAGCGGCCUUAGCUAAU